CGACGAAGGUCAAGGGGCGGGUUCAGAAUUGUAAACAGCUAAUGAAUUUCACUGGAUUGUCUUGAACAACGAAGUACUGUAUUUUGGAUUGAAAGUACCUCACUGUCAUGGCUGUGGUUUUACGCAACAUUUCACCGUGGCGAUUUGUCAGAUUUGCCAGGGCAGUCCAAGUCGCACACAUUCCCAAUCUGAAGCUGCACACGACUGGUUCUAUGAUGGGGGCGACGGUGGAGCAAUUCAAUCAUGCCAAGAGUCAGAUGGGCACGCUGAAGGAAGACCCUGGCAAUGAGGCCAAGCUGAAAAUCUAUGCUCUCUUCAAACAGGCUACUCAGGGACCCUGUAACACCCCCAAGCCAGGGAUGCUUGACUUUGUCGGCAAAGCCAAAUGGGAUGCCUGGAAGUCUCUGGGCUCUGUAGCUCAGGAGGAUGCCAGACAGCAGUAUGUGGACUUGAUUGACACUCUGCUGGCUGCUGAGGGGCCUGCGGUAGCUACACAGCCCACUGGGAGCGCUGCUACCUUUAAUACGCUGCUGGUCUCCACGGAAGACAACAUCACCACUAUCCGCCUCAAUAGGCCACAGAAGAAGAAUGCCAUCACUGUGGAGAUGUACAACGAGAUCAUCAAGGCUUUGGAGCAAGCUGGCAAAGAUGACUCUGUCAUUACUGUAAUCACAGGUAGUGGAGACUUCUACUGCAGUGGCAAUGACCUGACAAACUUCACCCAAAUCCCUGAGGGCGGAAUCGAGCAGAUGGCAAAGAAUUCAGGCGAGUUGCUAAGGGAGUUUGUCAAAGCGUUUAUCGACUUCCCUAAGCCCCUGAUUGCAGUGAUCAACGGUCCGGCUGUGGGCGUGUCUGUCACUCUACUGGGCCUGUUCGAGAUUGUCUAUGCCACAGAGAGGGCUACAUUCCACACCCCCUUCAGCCAGCUGGGACAGAGCCCAGAGGGCUGCUCCUCCUACACCUUCCCUAAAAUGAUGGGCAAUGCGAAGGCCAGUGAGAUGCUGCUGUUCAACAAGAAGCUGACAGCCACCCAGGCGUGUGCCCAGGGCCUGGUGACCGAGGUCUUCCCUGACAGCAGCUUCCAGACCGAGGUGGCCACCAGACUCAAGGCCUACGCCAAGCUGCCCAGAAACUCCCUAGCCCUGUCCAAGCAACUGAUCCGUGGAACAGAGAAGGAACGUCUCCACACUGUCAACGACCAGGAGGUGGAGCGCCUGGUGGAGCGCUGGCUCUCAGACGAGUGCAUGCAGGCCAUCAUGAGCUUCUUCCAGGCUAAGGCUAAGCUGUGAGGGGAUCCACCCCCUCCCCCCAGAGACCCACAGACAAGAGCACCUAACCUGAGUCAUGCUCAUUAGGAAGAAAACAGACCGAAACACGGAGGCAUUACCACAACCUGGAAACGCUCAUUUACGUUUCCCGUUGCAAAACAUUUGAAAAUGUAUUUUGUUAUGUGCCCUAAUGAUCAUGACUCACAUCACACCAACCUGAACCCCCCCCCCCCUUUUCCUCCCAUAGUACAGCUCUAGGGUGCCCAGUGGGCCGCACCAGCCUAGAUUCACUAACCUGUAAGAAGAGAUGUCAAUGGGAUAAAGCCUGUAACCACGCUGAGCCUUGAGCAGAUGCCUUUUUUCUCGUACAAUUUUAUCAGAUGGGUUUUGUAAAUUAAUUAUAAUAGUAGUAUUAUUGUACAGUAUGAACAAACAAAAACCCGUUCUGUACAUUCUGUAGAUGUUUAACUGUUGAUUUUGCUUGUUUUUCAAUUAACAUAUCUGGGCAUUCAAUGUUUUGAAACACCAGUAAUGGAAUGUACUGGUAACUGCCAAAAUAAAGGAAACGCCAACAUAGUGUCUUAAUAGGGCGUUGGGCCACCAUGAGC